CCACACGUGCGCACUCUAUGGAACAAUCUGAAUGUUUCGAUUGACAAGAUCUGCUCAUCGUUUGCUACGCACUCCAGUCGUGCGUGCAUCCCAGUUUCACUGGGAAAACGAUGUUCCGGUAAUCGGGACCCCCGUGAACGCGGAAUCCGCAGAUUUCAAGGAAAACAAAGAGAAAAUGAGCAACCUGGUCGCAGAACUGCGCGCCGUUGUGGAUACGAAUUCGCGCGGAGGCAGCGAGAAGGCUCGUCAACUACACGAGUCGCGAGGAAAGCUUCUCGUCCGUGAGAGAAUUCAAUGUCUUCUUGAUCCGGGAUCUCCGUUCCUUGAGUUCUCUCAGUUGGCCGGAUAUAAACUCUAUGGCAACGAGGAAGUACCCGCCGGUGGUAUCAUCACCGGUAUUGGCCGCAUAUGUGGCACAGAGUGUGUAAUAGUGGCGAACGAUGCGACAGUCAAGGGGGGCGUUUAUUAUCCAAUCACAGUCAAGAAGCACGUGAGAGCUCAAGAGAUCGCUCAACAGAAUCGACUGCCUUGUGUCUAUCUGGUCGACUCUGGCGGCGCGAAUCUACCACGACAAGACGAGGUCUUUCCCGAUCGAGAUCACUUCGGUCGCAUCUUCUACAACCAAGCCAAUCUGUCGUCGCUCGGCAUUCCACAGAUUGCCGCAGUGCUUGGAUCGUGUACAGCCGGUGGGGCGUACGUACCCGCAAUGGCCGACGAGAGUAUAAUCGUUAAGCGACAAGGCACUAUCUUUCUCGGUGGCCCGCCGCUUGUUAAAGCAGCCACAGGAGAGGUGAUAGACGCCGAACGUUUAGGAGGUGCGGAUCUCCAUUGUCGGACGUCGGGAGUAACAGAUCACUACGCGUUAGACGAUCGACACGCAUUGUAUCUCGUCCGUCGAGUCAUCAAGAAUGUUAACUAUCAAAAGUCCGUGCCUGUGACGGUACAGGAAGUCGAAGAACCGGCUCGCUCACCAGACGAACUCUACGGUAUCGUACCGCCGUCAUACGAAACGGCGUACGACGUACGUGAGGUGAUCGCUCGCGUCGUCGACGGCAGUAAAUUCGACGAAUUCAAACAGCUUUAUGGUCAGACGAUUGUUUGUGGGUUUGCUCGUCUCUAUGGUUACCCAGUCGGAUUUGUUGCCAACAACGGUGUUCUCUACUCUGAGUCGGCGGUGAAAGCUACUCACUUCAUCGAGUUGUGUUGUCAGCGUCGCAUCCCUCUUAUCUUCCUUCAAAACAUCACCGGGUUUAUGGUCGGCAGUGAAGCGGAGGCAGGGGGGAUAGCCAAACACGGUGCGAAAAUGGUCACCGCGGUUGCUUGUGCCAAAGUUCCGAAAAUCACUGUGAUUAUCGGCGGGAGCUUUGGAGCUGGAAAUUAUGGAAUGUGUGGGCGAGCAUACGGGCCACGGUUUCUCUACAUGUGGCCAAAUGCUCGGAUAUCGGUGAUGGGUGGGAAGCAGGCGGCUCUCGUGUUGGCAACACUUCAGGAGGAGCAGCAUCGUCGAGAAAACAAGCCGUUCACUGAUGAGGACAAGGAGAGGAUAAUGAAUCCGAUUGUUGAGAAGUUUGAGCGCGAAGGCAAGCCGUAUUAUUCAAGCGCAAGAUUGUGGGACGACGGGGUGAUUGACCCGAUGGAUACGAGAAAAGUAUUAGGACUUAGUCUGAGUGCUGCACUGAAUGGUCCGAUACCAGACACGCAGUUUGGUGUGUUUCGGAUGUAGCGCAGCAUGUCGUGCUGUUUGUUUCGUUUCCAAUUGUGUGAUGAGAUGCAUUUACGGAGAAUGGAA